UUUGCUUCUACAAUUCAGAUGAAGCCUACUAUAUAUUGACAAGUACAACGUUUAGAAUGUCCACGUGAGAGGGAGAGGGAGAGAGUGAGGACGAGAGAGAGAAGAGAGGGGGUCUUGUGUUGAGUGUGCAUUGUUCUUGGAUCACCGUACGUCUUUAAGGGGACGGGAGUUCGUGUCUCUCUCAUUUCAACAGUGGCAACCCCGCGUGCAUUGCAGAAGACAGAACCCACUGGAACUGAAGCAACUGGAGGCAACGCAUAUCGGAGAUACUUUCUAACGGAUUGAGGAUAUAGCAUCGCCUGGAUAGCAGUUCUCUCUCUGCGGAGAUGGAAUCGCAAUGCCUGUGUUGGACCCUUAGUUUCACGAUGUUAAGUGUAUUUACUUCUGCGCUGGCUGCCAAUAAUUAUAACUGCGACGACCCACUGGUGUCUGCAUUGCCUUGGUCCUCCUUCGCGAGCUCCUCAAAGUCCUCUGACAAUCAUGCCCCUCAUUUCGCCAAACUCAACGGCCGAGAUGGAGGGGGAGGAUGGGCACCACAACGGGGCGACAGGCACCCCUGGCUCCAAGUGGACCUACGGGACAGGAUGGAGGUCACGGCCAUCGCCACCCAGGGGCGACGGGACAGCUCAGACUGGGCGACUGCCUACCUGCUGCUGUUCAGUGACACAGGCAGAUCGUGGAAGCAGUACAGACCAGAGGAGGGUGCAUGGACAUUCCCAGGGAACACAGACUCAGACGGCGUGAUGCACCACAGGUUCCCCCAGUCUGUCAGGACCCGUUUCCUCCGCUUUGUCCCAAAGGACUGGAGCCCCAGUGGCUGGGUGGGGCUCAGGGUGGAAGUCUACGGCUGUGCAUACAAAUCGGAUGUAGCGGACUUUGAUGGCAGGAGCUCGCUGCUCUACCGGUUCAACCAGAAGUCCAUGAGCACGGUGAAGGACGUGAUCUCGCUCAGGUUCAAGAGCCAGCAGGGGGAGGGGGUGCUGGUGCAUGGUGAGGGCCAGAGAGGAGAUUACAUCACCCUGGAGCUGCACCGGGGCAAGCUGGCCCUGCACCUCAACCUGGACGAUGCCAAGCUCCACUCCAGCUCCGGCCAUGUGUCGGUGACCCUGGGCAGCCUGCUGGACGACCAGCACUGGCACUCUGUCCUCAUCGAGCGCUUCAACAAGCUGGUGAACUUCACUGUGGGCACGCACACACAGCACUUCCGCACCAGGGGCGAGGGUGACUCUCUGGAAGUGGACUACGAGCUCAGCUUCGGGGGAAUCCCGCUGCCAGGAAAGCCCGGGACCUUCCUGCGGAAGAACUUCCGUGGCUGCAUCGAGAACCUCUACUACAAUGGUGUGAACAUCAUUGACCUGGCAAAACGACGCAAGCCCCAGAUCUACAGUGUGGGCAACGUGACCUUCUCCUGCUCCGAGCCCCAGACGGUGGCCACCACCUUCCUGAGUUCAAGCAAGAGCUUUCUGUUGAUUCCCACCGGGCCAGUGAAGGAAGACCUGGCCGUGCGCUUCCAGUUCCGCACCUGGAACACAGACGGGCUGCUGGUCUUCGCCCCUCUGGCACAGGGCCACACCCACCUGCUCCUGAGGCUCAGCGAGGGCAAGCUCCACCUUACCCAUCGCAGCUCAGCGCUUGAGCAAUCAGAGCUGUCCAUGGGCCACAGUUUGAAUGAUGGGCUGUGGCACUCUGUGAGCCUCAGCUCCAGGGGCCCACAGGUCACCUUGACACUGGACAAUGACCCAGCCUCCUCCAUGGAGCUUGGCAACCAUAUCGUUGCAGGCGAUGUGUUCUUCUUUGGAGGUUGCCCUGGGACACAGAACAACUUUGAAUGCGAGAAUCCUACGUCAGCAUUCCAAGGGUGCAUGCAGAUGAUUUUCAUCAACAACCAGCCCGUGGACCUGUUCCAUGUGCAGCAAGGGCUGCUGGGAAACUACAGUGAGCUGCAAAUUGAUGUAUGUGGCAUCCAAGACAGGUGUCUGCCAAAUUUCUGUGAGCACGGAAGCCAGUGCUCUCAGUCAUGGAGUACUUUCUACUGUAACUGUUCUGGGACAGGGCACAUUGGAGCCACCUGCCAUAACUCCAUAUACGAGCCAUCCUGUGAAUCCUACAGACAAACCGGGAGCGCCUCCGGCCACUUUUCCAUAGAUCCUGAUGGGAGCGGCCCCCUGAGGCCAACUCUGGUAUACUGCAACAUUACAGAGGACCGAGUGUGGACCGUGGUCACCCACAACGGCACAGAUGCAGUCAGAGUGAGGGGCUCCACGCUGCUCAGACCCUACAUCACGAGCUUCAACUACAGCGCCACACCUGAGCAGUUGCACACCCUAGUGACCGCAUCUGAACAGUGUCAACAGGAAGUGGUUUACCGCUGUAGAAAGUCUCGCCUCUUCAACACCUGGGAUGGGACCCCCCUGUCCUGGUGGACAGACAGGACCGGGGAGAGGCGUACUUACUGGGGGGGCUACCUGCCCGGGGUUCAGCAGUGCUCCUGCAGUCUUGAUGGAAACUGCAUUGACAUGAACUACUUCUGCAACUGUGACGCUGACAAGGACUCCUGGUUGAAUGACACCGGGCUUCUCUCUUACAAAGACCACUUGCCACUGAAUGAAAUUGCUAUUGGGGACACAAACAGGACAGGCUCUGAAGCCAUCUACAGAAUUGGACCCCUCCGUUGCUAUGGGGACAGGUUUUUAUGGAAUGCUGCAUCCUUCUACCUGGCUUCCUCUUACCUCCACUUCCCCACUCUCCAAGGAGAGCUCAGCGCUGACAUCUCAUUCUACUUCAAGACCACCACACCCUCAGGAGUCUUUCUAGAAAACUUGGGAGUCAAGGACUACAUUCGGGUGGAGCUGAGCUCACCACUGUCUGUAACGUUCACCUUUGACGUGGGGGACGGGCCUGUGGUGCUCGUGGUGAAGUCCCAUGUUCCCCUGAACGACAAGCAGUGGCACUAUUUACGGGCAGAGCGCAACGUGAAGGAAGCCUCCCUGCAGGUGGACCGACUGCCCCUGCACUUCCUGGAGGCCCCACCUGACGGCCACUUCCGCCUGCAGCUCAACGGCCAGCUGUUCGUAGGAGGGACAGCGUCCCGGCAGAGUGGGUUUCUGGGCUGCAUCCGGGCCCUGAAGCUGAACGGGCUGACUCUGGACCUGGAGGAGCGGGCCAGGACAGCGCCUGGGGUCAGCUCGGGCUGCCCCGGCCACUGUGGGAGCGACAGCCUCUGCCACAACGGUGGCCGCUGCGUGGAAAAGAGGGGGGGCUAUGCCUGUGACUGCACCAACUCCGCCUAUGGGGGGCCCCACUGCAAGAAAGAGGUCUCAGCAUUCUUCGAGAGGGGCUCCUCUGUCACCUACACAUUCCGGGAGCCUUUUUCCUUCCUUCGGAAUGAGAGCAGCCCAUCCUCCGGGACCCGUGGUGAGGACACAAAGUCACGGGCGAACAUGGCUUUCAGCUUCCUGACCUCACGUUCCCCUGCCAUGUUGCUGGCCACCAGCUCCUACUCUCAGCAGUACAUGGCUGUCACCCUGGCACAUAAUGGCAGCUUGCAGAUUUGGUACCGACUCAGGAAGGAUGGGGCACCGGAUUUGUUCACCCCAAAAUCCACCAGCCUGGCAGACGGGCAGCUCCACUGGGUCCGAAUCCAUCGUGAGGGGAAAGAUGUCUACGUCCAGAUUGACAAGGACAUUAACCAAAAAUACAGCCUUUCAUCUGACACCGAGCUGAACACAAUAAAGUCCGUCACAUUGGGUAAAGUCACAGGACAUGAUGUCAUGGAUGAACAAGUGCUUCAGGCGGGAUCCAGAGGUUUCAUUGGCUGCCUGUCCUCAGUGCAGUUCAAUCAAGCAGCUCCACUGAAGGUAGCCCUGAGGAAUCGCGGCAGCUCAUUGGUUACUGUACGCGGACAGGUGGCGGAAUCCAACUGUGGGGCGUCAACCAGUGUGAACACAUUCACCACCUCAUAUUCCCUCUCAGAUCAUUCAGAGAACAUUGACAGAGGGAAAGAACCCCUGAAGAAUGCAGGCCAGAGUGAUUCCGUGGUAAUCGGAGGUGUGAUCGCGGCGGUGGUCUUUGUCACACUCUGUGUGGUGGCGGCGAUGACCCACUUUCUGUACCAGCACCGGCAGUCAGAGCGGGCGCCUGUCGUCAAGGAGAAGGACCGGAGGCACAGCCUGGAACCUGCCUGCUACCCAGAGAUGGACCUGCAGAACUCCGCACGGGACAGGAAGGAGUACUUCAUCUGAAAGCCCCCCUCCCCCAGCCCCACCGCUGCUGCUGCACCAGUGAUACCACGCUGAGCCUUCAUGCCUCUCGCCCACCACCUCAACCAUUCUGACCGCCUGGGUGGGGAGUGGGCUCGGCUGUGGCUUCCUACAGACUUCCUAUCCUCUCACCAUGGGCAUUCUGAGAAGAGUGACUGCCCCAACCCUCCC